CCGCUGACGUCAUCCUCCUACUAGUGACUGCUGUUAUCAAGAUGGCGCUGCGGCCAGGAUCUGGGGGAGGCAGCAGUUUUAUGUAUCCUGUCGGAGGGGGUUUGGGACCGCCACAAGGCAUGGUCCCCAUGCAGCAACAGCAGCAGCAGCAGCAACAGCAGGGCUUCCCUAUGGUUCCAGUCAUGCAGCCCAACAUGCAGGGCAUGAUGGGAAUGAACUUUGGAGGACAGAUGCCCCCGGGUGCCAUUCCUAUGCAGGGCGGCAUGGCGAUUGGCAUGCAGACCCCUGGGAUGCAGUUCCUGGGUCAACCACAGUUCAUGGGUAUGAGACCUGCUGGACCCCAGUACACUGCAGACAUGCAGAAACAAAUGGCCGAGGAGCACCAAAAACGCCUGGAGCAGCAGCAGAAGAUGCUGGAGGAGGACAGGAAAAGAAGACAAUUUGAGGAGCAGAAACAGAAGCUGAGGCUGCUCAGCAGCGUCAAACCCAAGACAGGGGAGAAGAGCCGUGACGACGCCUUGGAGGCAAUCAAAGGCAACCUGGACGGCUUCAGCAGAGAUGCAAAGAUGCACCCGACUCCAUCAUCACAAACCAAGAAGCCAGACUCAUCGCCAUCACACCCGUCUGUCACCACUCACUCCCUCCCCCCAGCUUUGUCCGAGGAUAAUGAUGAGUUUAGUGACUUUCAGGGGCCUGUAGAUGCCCCUGCCUCCUUCCCUGAACCCUCCUCCUCCUCCACUUCUUCCACCUUGGGCCUCUCCUCUCAGGCCCACGCCCAGCCUUCAUCUUCUUCCCCCAAGACAGGUUUCUCUGCGGACGAUGACGAGUUUAGUGACUUUGUUCAGGGGCCUGUAAAUGCUUUCAAUUCCUCCAGCUUCCACCUGUCCUCUCAAGCACAAGUCCAACCGUUACCCCCUUCCUCACAUUCCCUCCCCGAGUCCCUCCCUGCCUUUGUGUCCAUUCCCACUGCCACCCAACACUCUGCUGUCAACACCAGCUCUCAAUCUACAUUUCAAGGCCCGACCCUGGAAGAGAAGCUGUUCUCCUCAUGCGAUCUUACUGCUGAUAAGAUGGCCCAAGUUAGCUUUAAGUCCAAGCAGAGUUUGGCUGAAAUGACUCCCCGAGUUAAAGUUUCAGCCCAGUUUCAACCCAGCACAAAAGCGAGGAACUGGGCUGCUGCCCCUGAGGACUUGAGUUCUGCCUUCACCGCAGAAAAUCCACCCGAGGCCCCGGUGUCAGCACCCACCCACCCCUCACCGGCUACUGGCUCGUCUCCUCAAACCAGUAGUGAAAGCGCAGGUGUUGGCGUGUACCCACAACAAGAGCACAUCCAGUCCAUGCUGCCAGCAUGGGUUUACAAUGACAGCCUUGUCCCAGAAAUGUUCAAGAAGGUUCUUGAAUUCACCAUGACACCGGCAGGGAUAGACACAGCCAAACUCUACCCAAUAUUAAUGUCAUCAGGUCUUCCCAGGGAAGCACUGGGGCAGAUCUGGGCGUCAGCCAACCGCACAACACCUGGCAUGCUGACCAAGGAGGAGCUUUACACUGUACUUGCACUAAUUGGUGUGGCACAGAGUGGCCUCCCAGCAAUGAAUGUGGAAAUCCUCGGUCAGUUUCCGUCUCCACCUGUGCCCAGCCUGCCCGCCCUGGCUAUGGCCAUGGCCCCCGUCAUGCCCCAGCACCAGCAGCCCAUGAUGACCCAGCCACCAGUCUCCAUGGCCAUACCCACACCAGCACCACCAGUCAUGGCCAUGGCACCCGCAGCACCGGCUCCACCACCCACAAACACAAAUUUCAUUGCCAGUUUCCCUCCUGCACAGGCGACCAAAGCUGAUGACGACGACUUCCAGGACUUCCAGGAGGCUCCAAAGCCAGGAGCAGGAGACCAGGCCUUCACUGAGUUCCAAGGGGAGUCGGGAGGAAGUUUCCCCACCACCAUUGCACCUCAGCACCAAAACAGCACGCCUGCAAUGCUGACUCCAGUUUCUGGUUCCUCCUCCGCCACGUCCUCUGAUAAGUACGCUGUGUUCAAACAGCUGUCUGUGGAUCAGCCUGCAGAGCCAACACCCCCUGCCUCAGAUAUUGGAGACAAAUACAGUGUGUUCAGACAACUUGAACAACCUGCUGACAAGAAACCAGUUGGGGAAGGAUUUGCAGAUUUCAAAUCUGUCAGCGCUGAUGAUGGCUUCACAGACUUUAAAACCGCCGACAGCGUCUCUCCACUAGACCCUUCAGAUCAGGCCAAGAUCUUUCAGCCUUCCUUCCCCUCUGCUUUCCCAAACUCUCAGUCUCUACAGCAACUUCCACAGCAGCAGCAACAGCCAGUAGUGUCUCUUUCUCAGCCCAAAAAUCCUCUCAACAUGGCCGACCUGGACCUUUUCUCUUCCAUAGCUCCCUCUGGUCCCGCCACCACUGAGACAAAACCCAGUACAUUCCCCUCUGUCUCUGUGCCCCCCUCCUUAGUGCUCCUGCCAGGUGGCGCUAAGCCUCCAGGUGGAGGAGCAAAUGAUUUUGGUGAUUUUGCCCUUUUUGGCUCCUCCUCUGAUGCCACUCAAGCUUCAGCGGCAGGAGGAGCUGCAGCAGCGCCUCAGGAUGACUUUGCAGACUUCAUGGCAUUUGGCAGUUCUGGUGGGGAGCCCAAAGGCGAAAGCAACGCAGGGGUCCAAGCGGAGUCGUCCACACAGCAGCAGCCUCAGCAGAGCUCAGACAAGUAUGACGUGUUCAAGCAGCUGUCUCUGGAGGGAGGCCUCGCCUACGACGACACCAAGGAGAGCGGCGGCGGCUCCUUUUCCUCUCUCAAGAGCGACACAGACGACUUUGCCGACUUCCAGUCCUCGAAGUUCUGCACAGCGCUCGGAGCUUCGGAAAAGACUCUGGUGGACAAGGUGGCCGCUUUCAAACAGGCCAAGGAAGACUCUGCCUCUGUCAAGUCCCUCGACCUGCCGUCCAUCGGCGGGAGCAGCGUGGGAAAAGACGACUCCGAGGACGCCCUCUCAGUGCAGCUGGACAUGAAGCUGUCGGACAUGGGUGGAGACCUGAAGCACGUGAUGUCAGACAGCUCUCUGGAUUUGCCGGGUCUCUCGGCCCACCAGCCCCCCGCUACAGAAGGAGACGACAUGAAAUUUGACCCCUUUGGGACGUCGGCCCUCAGCACCUUGGCCAGCUAUGACUGGUCAGACCGGGAGGAAAGUUUGUCCGGUGAGGUCAGAAAGCCACAGGGCUUGGAAGGAGCUUCCCUUCCAUCUUUAGUCCCAACACAGAGGAAGGAACUGACCUUUGGCAGCACUGAAAACAUCUCAAGCGGCUCCGUAGCAAAGAUCACCACCUCCUUCCCCGCAGAUGACGGCUCAUCUGCAGAUGACAAGUUUGAAGCCUUUGCUGAUUUUGGCCCUGGUGAGCACGGCGGUGUCGAUGACGGGGACGACUUUGGAGACUUUGCAAGUACUGUUUCUGAAAAGUCAGACUCACCUGCUGCCACUGCUGAGGCGGGCUCAGAGGGAAACCAAAGCGAGGCCUCGGAUGACUUUGGCGCUUUCCAGGGGGACAAGCCCAAGUUUGGGAAGUCUGACUUCCUCAAAGCCAGCGCUCAGGCCAAAGUCAAAUCCAGCGAGGAGAUGAUCAAGAAUGAGCUGGCAACCUUUGACUUGUCUGUUCAAGGCUCCCACAAACGCAGCCACAGUUUGGGUGAGAAGGAGAUCGGGCGUUCGCCUCCGUCUCCGGCUCCAGAGCAGCCUUUCAGAGACCGAUCCAACACCCUGAACGAGAAGCCCGCCCUGCCAGUCAUCAGAGACAAGUACAAGGACCUGACUGGUGAGGUGGAGGAGAGCGAGCGCUACGCAUAUGAGUGGCAGAGGUGUCUGGAAAGUGCUCUGGAGGUCAUCACCAAAGCUAACAACACUCUGAACGGCAUCAGCAGCUCCUCCGUCUGCACUGAGGUGAUCCAGUCUGCUCAGGGCAUGGAGUACCUGCUGGGUGUGGUAGAAGUGUAUCGCAUCACCAGGCGUGUGGAGCUCGGCAUCAAAGCGACGGCAGUGUGCUCUGAAAAGCUGCAGCAGCUGCUGAAGGACAUCAGCCGCGUGUGGAACAACCUCAUAGGCUUCAUGUCGCUGGCAAAGCUUGCGCCUGAUGAAAGCUCCCUAGAUUUCUCCUCCUGUAUUCUGAGGCACGGCAUCAAGAAUGCCAAGGAGGUGGCUUGUGGGGUUUGUCUGCUCAACGUCGACGCUCGCAGCAAGGCAAUGACUAAAGACAGUGACAGGAGGUUGAGGGCAUUCAACUCAGAGACAGACAACUUCAAGCUGCUGUACGGGGGCCACCAGUACCACGCCAGCUGUGCCAAUUUCUGGAUUAACUGUGUGGAGCCCAAACCCCCGGGCCUCAUCCUGCCUGACCUGCUCUGAGCUGCCAUGGCAACGGGCCACAGGCUAAUUAACAUCAGAUAGGCGGAGCGGCCGGUCGCCUCACGCCAAGAGAAGGACGUUUAAAGUCACUGGAUCGUCUGUAUUUAUUUUUUGUAUCCUGAAAUCUCAGUUUUCUCGAACUCGGCUGACAGACUCAGAUCUUUUCUCUAAAUAUUCACGUUAUUAUUGUUGCCCCUUUUGCUCGUCCAUACAAAUCACCUAAAGCGUGUAGGUCAGCUGUGUAGGUCAUAUUUAAAUCUAUUACUAAUGCUGCUUUUGACAAAUGAUUUCUACUGAUUUCCACUGCAGAAUUAAGUCAAUGUUAAUGAAUAACCACUCACCAGUGGGUCAUAUUUAAAUUAUUAGGUGUGCAAUAUCAUUACAAACACUGGCAGAGGAUGUGUGUAGAAACCUUGAGUUUUUAAUGUCCCUUGUUGUUUUGCUUCUGUUUGAAUUUUAUUCAUGACUCUCUUUGUUCCCAGUGAACCAGGCAUGUCGAAUCAUAAGUCUGCUAUUGUACUUGAAUUAUAUUUGUGCGUCGGGUCUGUCUGAUGAAACUCUGUGGCUGUUAUGGUUUUAAUAUCUUUUUUUUUUAAAAAUCUACCAUUCAAACCAUCACUGCUCUGCUAGAAGGCAGGCAGGCAUCUCUCUUUUUAUGCUUUGUGUUGAAUUAACUGCUUUGAAUGUCUUUUGCACUGUUGAGAGGAACCCUCAGCACCUCUUGGGGUAUUUAAAUCGUAUUUUAUAGGUAUUUGGGGGCAGCGGCGUACUAGUUUGCUACUUGAAGGGAACCGUGUUGUGAUUUUCUGUAUUGGUGUUUGUGUGCAGAGUGGAAAGAAGUCGACCGAUUCUGAAGGAAAACUACAGCAGCAUUUUCUGUAUAUUACAGUGUCAUGCUGUAGCGUUGUAAUUAUCACCAACUGUAAUGUGAAUGUGAUGUAAAUAAAUGAGCGUGCUUAAUUAA